AUGCCUGCCCAUUACCAACCAUCACCACCAACACCAACACCAACACCAACACCGUCAAAACCGAAUCCAAAGCUCCUAUCCCUCCUCCUUAAGGCCAUCAUCAUGACCCUCCUCACCUCUCUCUUCUUCCUCUUCCUCGACCUUGCCUCCGCCACCUUGCUCCUCCUCCAUAUCUCCCUCUCUUCCCACCGCCACCGCCACCGCCGCUCUUCUCUCCCCUCCACCUCUUCUUCUGGGCUACCCCCCAGAGACCUCAACACACUCCCCCACUUCAGAUUAAAGCGGCACGCCAGGAAGAAUGGCGCCGCUGAAGAUGAAGAAUGCGUGGUCUGCCUCGACUCCUUCAGGGACGGCCAGUGCUGCAGGAAACUCGCGGCUUGCGGUCACCUGUUCCACAAGCGGUGCGUGGACUCGUGGCUCGUCAAGGUCGCCUCCUGUCCGAUGUGCCGGGCACGUGUGCAAUCAAAUGCGGGAACGAAGGGUUCCAUGGUGGGUUUGGAGGAGGAUGAGGAUAAGAAGCUUUGGGGGGAUUUGGACCAGCUCCUCAUCUCUGUUCUGAACUCGUCUCUAACAGAUACUGUACUAGCCCAGGUCCUUGAGUGUGCCACGUCCUCUAAAAUCUGGUCUACCCUCCACAAUCUAUAUGAUGCCCUUUCCUAUGCUCAUAUAAUUCAAACACAAUUUCAACUGGCUACCUUGAAAAAGGGUCCAAAGUCUAUUACCAAAUACUUUCAUAAGGCCAAGAAUCUUUCUACUACCUUGAGUGCAGCUGGUCAACCACUUUCUCCUUCUCAGUUUUCUGCGUUUCUUCUUGCUGGGCUAGGUACCGAAAAUGAAUCAGUGUCAAGCCUCACAAUUGGACCUAUGCCGCUUGACUCGAGGGGGGAUAUUAAGGCAGUUACAACUGCUGCCUCAGAAGAAGAAUCCUCCUCUGGACAACAUGCAGCUGGUGUGCGUGCAAUUGAGGGAAUCUCCAGCAAAGCCAAGAAGGCUCUAGAAUGA